AUGACCGAGCAAGAUGUAGCGCUGUCCGAAGCUACAGGAACCCAAUCACUCGUGGGUUCCUUAUGGACGAGGUCGUUGAUUGCCGGCGCAAUUGCCGGACUGACCGUGGAUUUCUCCCUCUAUCCACUCGACACAAUCAAGACACGCCUGCAAUCUAACCUGCUCAGCAGCAGCAGCAAUAGUCAUGGCCAUCUACCCAAGAAUCUCCUCCCACGCCACACCCUCCGCGGCACCCUGCGGAGCAUGUACGCCGGCCUGCCGUCCGCGAUGCUCGGGUCGAUGCCGUCCGCGGCCUUCUUCUUCCUCGUCUACGACGGAGUGAAACGGUCGCUGACGGAAACGAAUCACUCACUCUCCUCCUCCUCCUCCUCCUCCUCCUCGUCUUCGCCACCACGGACACCGACGUACGCACACAUGCUGGCGUCCUCGCUCGGCGAGAUUGCCGCAUGCGCCAUCCGCGUGCCGACCGAGGUCGUCAAACAACGCGCCCAAGCCGGUCUGUUUGGAGGAUCUUCGCUUCUCGCGUUCCAAGAUAUCCUCGCCCUACGCAAGACAGACGGGACCGCGACCAUGGUGCGCGAACUCUACCGAGGUGGUGGGGUCACAAUCAUGCGCGAAAUCCCCUUCACAAUCGUCCAGUUCAGUCUGUGGGAGUCCUUCAAGGCCUCGUAUUCCGCCAGACAGCAUCGAGAGACGGGCCGGCAGGAGGGCCUGGUUACGGCCACGGAGAGCGCGGCCUUCGGUAGCAUGGCUGGCGCGGUUGCUGCCGGGUUGACGACGCCGUUAGAUGUGUUGAAGACGAGGAUCAUGCUUGCGCGAAAGGAGACCAGUCCGUCGACAACCACAAGCUCAGGGUCGGGGACAGGGUCAACGACAACCACAACCGCAACCACAACUCCCACGACCACCAGAGCAGGCCCUCUCAAGGUCUUCCAGGAUAUUGUGAGGACAGAGGGCCCCUCUGGCUUGUUUCGUGGGAUUGUGCCGCGGAUCGGAUGGAUCAGCACGGGCGGCGCCAUCUUCCUCGGCACAUACCAGUAUGUCUGGAACAGGUUGGCUUCGGAUCAGCCUUGA